GGGAGAGCGAGAGGGGACCCUAAUAGUUGUCAUCGUCUAUCGGAUACUAGAUUUAACAACAGGAAUUUCAACUGUAAUCUACAGGUGUAAUAGUUAGGUGGGGCUUAUUUACUGCCAAACAGACCGUGACUAUUUUAUCGUCUAUAUAAAUAUAUAUACGUUAUAGACUUGUAUAUAGGCCACUAUACUUAUGUUAUGUUAUCGAGACAAGCAGGUAUUCAUUUAUUGAAACUGACUAUUAUAAUAUUAUAUUAGAUACAACCCGACAUUUAUACAGUAAUAUACAAGUGACCAAUAUGAUAUAAUAUUCACAGAUUUACAUGGAAACUUUUGUUGACAUUUUGGAAUAGAAUCAGGCAACUACAAGAUUGUUCAAGUAAAUAGUGAUGUUGACAUAAUAACGGCUACAGGAUAUAGUCAAACAGCGAAUUAAGAUGGAUGAAUAUAGGUUGGGGAUUAAACUACUUCAAGCUCAAACAGACGGAAAUAUACAGGGAUUCGUAGAAACAUUAUCAUUACAAGAUAAGCAGCAAGCUUUAAUUACAUGUGCUAGACGAGGGUUGUAUGAAGUUGUAAUUUAUAUGUUAGAACACGGUAUUGAUUCACAUUAUAUUAAUGCCGAUCAGAACAACCUGAUACAUUAUCUUUUAUAUAAAUAUGAUAGUGAUGACGAACCCGAUAGACGUGAUUUGUUAUUACAAUGUGUAGUUAGAUUAGUUGAUGCUGGUGUAGAUGUCAACCAGGAGAAUAGACAUAAAGAGACACCUAUAUUUAUAGCUGCUGAACGAGGGUUGUAUGAAGUUGUAAUGUAUCUGUUAACACACGGAGUAGAUGUACAUUAUGUUGAUAUAUAUAAGGAAAACCUGAUAUGUCAACUUUUAAAUAACUAUGAUAGAUAUAACAAGCCAGCUAGGCGUGAUUUGUUAAUACAAUGUGUAGUUAAAUCAAUUGAUGCUGGUGUAGAUGUCAACCAGGAGAAUGAUGAUAAACUGACACCUAUAUUUAUAGCUGCUAGACGAGGGUUUUAUGAAGUUGUGAUAUAUAUGUUAAAACACGGAGUAGAUGUACAUUAUGUUGAUUGUUUAAAACGCAACAUUCUUCACCAUGUUUUAGUUUUUUCGGAUUCCCAUGUUAAAUUUGAAGAGAAGUGUAUACAGGUCGUUAAUACUUUAAUAAAAACAGGAGUAGACAUAAAUCAACCUGACAAUGAUGGUAAUACCCCGUUGUUCUAUGUCGUUGGAAUCUACGCGGAUAAACGGCUUGAAUGGAUCGAAUUACAAUCGAAACUAAAGACAGGACAGGACAGUCGUGGUCCACUGUAUUUUAAAUUGGUUAACAUUUUAUUAAAAGCUGGUUGUAAUGUGAACCAUCAAAAUAAACUGGGACGAACGGCUUUAAUGAGCUAUAUGAAAUACCAAGCUGAUAUCAGUAUAUUAAAACUGUUAAUUCCACAUUCUGAUCUAAGUUUAACUGAUUAUAAUGGUGAUACAGCAAUUAGUUAUAGUGUCCAAUAUCACAUGAUCAAUUCUACAGCCGUUUUUAAACUUUUAGUAAAUUCAGGUUCAGAUCUGAUGUCACGUGACAACGGAGUUAAGUUAUUCCAUGAUAUUUUAAAAUGUAAGAGGUUGUGGGUGUUCAGUUAUUACAUCGGGCGUAAGUUGAUUGUUAAUGGUUUUACAAUUGAAGGAGAAAAUAUGCUUCAUCUUUUAGCUCGUUUAAACUAUGAUUAUUCUGUAAGCAAGUUUAAAUGGCUGUUAAAUAACGAACUAGACAUCAACCAUCCCUGUUUUAAUACCAACACACCUACUAUGAUAACAUCCUUUUUAUUAAACAGUAAAUAUUUAGAAUUGUUGACACAUCAUCCCAGACUAGAGAUCAAUACACAAAAUAACCAGGGUCAUACAGCUCUACACCUUUGUAUCAUUGGAUUUACUAUGUUUAAAGAUGGCUUGAACAAGAGACAGGUAAAUGAUGUUGUUAAGAAUUAUUGUAGACAGAUAUAUCCAAUAUACAUGGCUUGUAUUGAUAUUUUGCUUGGUGUUGAUGGAAUUGAUGUAAAUAUUCCCGAUAAUGGAGGUAGAACUAGUUUAAUGAUGGCUGCAAUGAAAAACGACAGAGUUCUUACAAGGAAACUACUUCAAGCUGGUGCCAUAGUUACCAUGUUAGACUAUUCAGGAAGAUCUGCUCUACAAUAUCUUAAUAUUUAUCAGAGUGUGUUUGAUUUGACUUGUUUUAAAUUACUUCUAUCUAAUGGUAGCACUGGUCUUCUCAAUUUACCCUGUAUCGAUGGUAACACAAUUAUUCAAACAACCAUGUGUUUUCCCUUUUUCUGGGAACCAUACCAUGUUGUUUGUUUUAUGAGAUAUUUAGUUGCUGAAAACUGCUGUCUUCAGAUUCUCGUACCAUCAUCACUUGAAAGUAGCUAUAACCAAAUUGAUCUUACUGAGUUAAACCUUCAAGAAAGAGAUAGGCUGAGAAAACUGUUGUAUCUUAGUGGCGCCGAAGGGGAGGAAAUUAUGACUUCGUUAAAUUUUGACGAGGAAGACAAAAGAUAUGAACGAACAGACAUUUUCCACUCACCAGACAGAGCAGAAUUCGUUAGUUUCUGUAGUAAUAUAUCUCUCAAGUCCCUGUGCAGAAGAUUCAUCAGACAGAAUCUUGGAUUGGGAAUAAAGGAGAAGGUUAAGGAUCUGGAAUUGCCUCGCGAAUUAAACGACUUUCUUCUAUUGAAAGAUGUUCUUCAUCCUAAAGAUUACAACAUAGAUAAUAUUGAUGAUGUUUGUAAUGAUUUUGAUGAUGAUGAUGAUUAUCAUGGUUAUGAUAUAGAUAAAGAUAGAGAUGAUGAUUAUAGUCAAUAUAACUACCAGUAUUUUACUCUCAAUACGGAUCAUGAACUAAGACAAGAUUUCCUAGAAAACAACCUAUUUCCUAAUGGUGGUAGUGAUGAUGAUGAUAGUGAUGAUGAUGAUAGUGAUGUUUAUUUAAUAUAAGGACGUUGAUUAUAAGAAAGAUAUAGUGAACUGGUCAUUGUUCUAAAGACGAUAAAAACUGGAUAUGGUAGAAACAAGCGAACACCACCUGUAAUCUUGAUAUGAUAGAAACAAGCUGGCAACACCUGUAAUCUUGAUAUGGUAAAAACAAGCGAGCUCUACCUGUAAUCUUGAUAUGGUAGAAACAAGCGAGCAUCACCUGCAGCUUGAUAUAGUAGCCGGGGCGGAUCCAGAGGGGGUGGGGAGAGUUGUGACCCCCCCCCCCCUCCUGCUCAGCUACAUAAUUUUUUUGUAAAUCAACCCUUUUUAUGAGAAGUUUCUAGACCGUGUGCUUUAUCCUUUAUCGUCAGAUGUGGGACAGGAUGGGCACGCAAAGCACGAGAUAAUGAUAAAGACAUUAUGUGAUAUCACAAUUAAUGCUUUGCAUCCAUGAAAUUGAAUCACAAUGUCAUUGUAUUAAUUCAUAAUAAAAAUUGACGCCAAACGAGGUUUUGAAUUUCUCUGUUUAAAAAGCUCAAUGUGUAUGUAUAUACGCCACAAUGACGAUAGAGACCAUGCGGGAGGGGGGGGGGGGAAUACAUUGUCUCAGGAACCUGGCAAACCCCCUCCUGCAAAACUUCCUGGAUCCGCCCCUGGGUAGAAACAAUCGAGCACUACCUGUAAUCUGACUGAAUCUCAACUCGUAGAUUAUCUAGUAGUAAAGCAUGGAUGGAUUAAGCACUAUAUAAAUGUACAUCAUUAUUAUUAUUAUAACAAUAUAUUAAAUCUGACUAUCUGUACAGGUGUGUCUACCUGUCUAUCUACUGUUCUAUUGCUCUCUUCUUCUUAGCUCGUAUGAGUGACCCCGCACCCCCUCCCCCUUCAUGCACUUGUAUGAGUGCCCCCCACGGUUUGUAUGAUUGAGUGAUGUAAUGUAGCCAUAUUACUGUGUGUUUUUGUUUUAUUGUAAAACCCACAGUUGUUCAGAUAAAUAUGUGAUAAAAUUGUGUAAAUAUAAAAACAUAAAAUCAUUUGAUGUAAAAAAGAAAAGAAAAUAUAUUGUAC